AUGGUGGUGCGCGCCUCGAGCACCUCCAAGAGCGGAGUCGCGCAGUUCGCCGACUCCAUCGGCCUCCCCACCGGCGAGGGUAUCUUCGGCUUCCGUCCCUUUGCCGAGGUUUGGGUCGGCCGCCUGGCCAUGAUGGGCUUUGUCACCUCAAUCGUGGAGGAGGCCACCACCGGCCAGGGCACCCUCCGCCAGAUCGGCCUUGAGCCGUCCCCCGGCCUGCUGGCCGGCCUGCUGGGCGUGCUGGGCGUUGCCCUGGUUGCGGGCACCGCCUCGACCGCCGUCAAGCUCGCGCAGAAGAAGAUGACUGCUAAGGACAUCGCCCGCUACAAGAACUUCCUGGGCCUCAACAACGGCAACGAUUUCAUCGAGGCCGCCAAUGCCAUGAAGCGCAAGGGCGACUUCACCACCCCCGGCAACGACCUGGCGGCGAUCGCCGCCGCGAAGGCCGCGGGGUCGCCCGCGGACGCGUUCCUGUCGACCUCUGAGGUCGCCGAGGGCUCGGCCGCCGCGGCGGAGAUGAAGGCGGCUGACAGCGGUGUGCUGACCCUGACCAAGGAGCAGGAGGCCGCGCAGGUCAACGCCGCCUUGGCGGAGAUGAAGGCCGGCAAGACUGCCGGCCCGGCUGUGUCGCUGGCGGCCAAGGCAGAUAUUCUGGAGGAGGCCCAGUUCAGCGGCAGCUUUGAGAAGCAGUACGCGCGGGAUGUGGAGCUGACCAACGGCCGCGCUGCCAUGCUGGGCUUCCUGGCGGCUGUCCUUGUUGAGGCUGCCACUGACAAGGGCAUUAUCAUGCAGAUCAUCAUGUGGCUCAAAUUCUCCGGCUUCCUGGGCGCUGCCAGCGGCUUCUGA